AUGUCAUCUUCACUCCGUAGGACACCGUUUAAUUGGCUGCUUGUCAACCUAGCUUUAGCAGACAUUACGUUCGCGUUGUUCCAAGUACCGAAUCACAUUUUAACGUUCACCCCCCCUGACGGGACCAUUGGCUCAGCUUUAUGCAAAGUGCUCACCGCUGGUAAUGUGGCUUGGGUUGGGGCGGCGGCUGGAUCCAUUACUCUGGUCGUAAUAGCAUUUGAACGUUACUAUACCGUGAGGUGUCCUGUUAGUGGCAAAGGAAAACUUACCAAGAAUACAGUGAAGGUGACAGAAUAGAAAUGUGAUCACAAUAUAAUGGUACUAGACUCGUGCUCAAAAGUUUACAGCUUUACAUCGGUAUUACUGUGCUGAUAAGAAGAAUUUGAUAUCUUAGCCCUAAGCAAUCAAAAACUUCUUCUGAUCAUUUCCUUUAUUCUCAUGACCUUAAUGCUGGAUUCAGAGUUGAUAUUGUAAAGAGAAAUUACAUGCUAGACACCGUAGGGGUUAAAGAGCUCAAUGUAUAGGGUCAUUGUAAUGGGUCUUCUGUCUAAAAAAGAUUGCACUGCAAAUCCUAUAGUACCAGUCAGGAAUAAAAAACGUGUUGUUGAUACAAUAUCUUUUGAUAUCUCAGGUUAUCAUUCCUGCUUGUUGGAUCUUUGCAGCGGCAGCCAACAUACCUCUUUUCUUAGUUACAAAAUAUGAUAAGAAAACAGGAGACUGUCAGUGGAACUGGCCUGAAGACUGGAUGGGUGCGGCGAAUGAGACCUCAUGGCUUGUGCUGUUGGCCUGUACUCCUUUGACACUGAUGAUCGGCUUAUACUCGAGGGUCGUCUAUGAAUUGUGGUUUAAGCCUCGUGAUGGUCCUGAAGUCGUUUGUAGGUACAAGGUAAUGAUGACUUAAGACAGUUCAUCUCGUAUCACAGAAAAAGAUGAAUAGCUCAGCUAACUCGGUCAAGCGGGUGGAAGGUAAUCAGCGAAAAAAAAGUGAAAGAAGAUCUUUCUCUGUGUUUUCUUGGGUCGACUUAUUUUCUUUGCGUAUUUCUUUUCAUUCUUGCGUCGUACAAAGCUAAGAAAGAGGGGAGGGUCUUGGACUAGGUAUAAAACAACUUCGUUCAUAGAUCCGUACCAAUGACGCUCUAAUAAAAUGCGAUUGAGAUAUCAUUCCUUCGCCUACAUGAUAUCUGAACGGUCCUACCGAGAAUUCUGACGUCACCGAUUGAGCUUCAACUCGCUCACCUAGCUUUCCCAAUAUCUCACGCAGACAACAUAACACGAUAUUUUACGCGUUCCUGUGGAUUUUGCAAUUAUGCAGUGGUGGGUUUCACACUUAGGAAUAAUGUGACCUAUCGAUAAGGCUCAGAAUUAUUAAACCAAGUGAGGAGCUGUUAACCGAGUGGUUCAUUCUAUUCUACCUACACUCUUCUUUUUCAGGGAAUACUGAGAGUGCGCAAACGAGUCACAUUGAGUGUAAUCACUGUCAGUGUUAUCUUUGGAGUCUGUUGGAUCACAGGCCUUCUUAUUUACGUCUUGAGUUACUAUGACAUUCUUGUGUUUGGUUCAGCUUCUCACGCCGUUUCUGACACUAUGUUUAUGGUUAAUUCUUCUGUCAAUCCUUUCGUGUACGCGCUGCUCAACGAACGUUUCAGGCAGAAGAUCAAGGCAAUGUUACACUGCACGUGCAAAUCAAAAAGAUAUUCCCCUGCAACACACGAGCCAGCAACGAUAAUCCAUCAUAAGCACCAACUAAAUACCAAGUAA